UUUGUUAUAUGCCUACGGAUAAACCUAGAAAUCUAACCGGCAUUAUAUACAGGAUAAAUUGUUUUAUUUGUUUAAAAGUAAACACAAAUUAAACCUCUGUGAAAAAUAUCAAAGGCGAUUGGAAUGGUUGUGUGUACUUGUAUAAAUUGUAUAUAUUUUAUAAUAUGCGGAUUAGACUUUAGUAAACUAUCAAAUCAAUGCACUGUCAGAAAUAUGUGCUGUUUGUUCCAGAUGUCAAAUGCUGUGUGUGCAAACAUAUUGAGCUUACCUACACCCGUUUUUAAGUGAAUGUCUAUAUGGAAUUGUAUUCAUGCGUUAAGGCUGGACCGUUCUCACGUCAUUGAUCGAGGGAAUUACAGUAGCAGUUCUCAGCUCUACAGCGCCAUUCUAGAUACUGUCGUCGCUUUAUACAGCAACUCUCUUUAAAGAAGUGGUAUUAAAUCCUCGACAGGAAGUGAUCCGCGGGAAACGACUUCUUACAGGAAACAUUUUCGGAUUCAUUUAAGUUAAACAUCAGUGAUCACACGUGUUAGGCUCCUGGUAGAAGUCUUGAUAAAAUAAAUUGCUAUUUUGUAUAUUUUGGGAGCGCUAGGAAAUUAUUUUAAAUUGAAAGGAUGGAAAAUGGAUUGAAUUUUAAUGCUAGAUUAGAUAAAAUAUAUUUUAUAUUAUUCUUCCGCGCUAUAAAAAAGAGGAAAUUAUAAGUUGCGAAUAGUGUAAAAGGAGAUAUAAUCAAACAUAUAAGAAUAAACGUUUUUCUACAUUCUUUACAUUCAAGAAAAAUGGCGCAGAUGCUUGGCAAUUUUACGGCCAAUUCCACCAAUUUAACAGCAACUGGAAAACAUGGACCUUCGUUAUCAGCAAUGUAUACAGGAGCCGGAAUAAUGCUGAUUGCGCUACUUUUAGGGUUAUUUGGAAAUAUAUUAGUGAUGGUAGUUAUUCUUCGGAGAAAGGAUAUAACAAAUAUUAUUCAUAUAUUUGUUGUUAGUUUAUGUAUAAACGACAUAUUAAACCUUAGUCUAAAUAACACGUUAGUAACAUCGUCUUACUUUAUCGGAAGCUGGCCAACAGGAUUGCUUGGAUGUGAACUUUCAACACAUUUUACCGUAAUUUUAAUGGGAUCGUCUUUAUGGCACACUGGACUUAUUGCAAUCCACAGGUUAGUGGUUGUCGUUUUCAAUAACUUUUACAAGAAAAUUUCAAAAAAAGGAUAUACCAUAUUUUUGCUGGUAUUCUGUCGCGUGGUACCAUUACUGUUUCUAUGUCAACCAUCGCUCGGCAACAUGGCGUACUAUGAACCAAAACUGCUCAGAUGUAUUGUAAAGAAGAAUUACGGCCCAUUUACCUUACUAGUUAGUGUUUUCCUUAUGAUGAUCCCCUCCAUUAUUCUCAUUGUAUGUUACAUUGCGAUUUUUAUCAAAGUUCAUCAAUCAUCUCAGGCGUUUCGGGCCUAUAGACAGAAAGAAUGGCUUAAGCGUGAGAUUCAGAUCACAAAGAUGUUUGGAAUGGUGUUUCUGCUUAUAAUGAUCGGAUAUAUUCCAUAUGGGAUUGUACGGACCAUCGAUAAAAAAUUGUCUCUAGAUGCUGAUUUUUACGUCGCCAUCACCGUAUUCUUUGCAGUUGCGAACUGUUUUAACCCAGUUAUUUAUGGUGUUAUGGAUCGCCAAAUCAGAAAAGCAUGCUUCGAAGCACUUCAUGUGAGGUUCGGUAACGGCGACUCUUCUCCAGAAUUUCACAAUAAAGAAACCAUGACGAAUCAUACGCGAAUGUCUGUAGACAUCGACGAUACAACGGCCAUACCACUGAAGGAAAACGUUGUUAAUAACCACAUCGAGGAGGAAGAAUCCUGAGAUUUCUUCUAUUGAAAGACACUGUGAAACGUCCAUUUACUUUCUUUAUUCCCAUAAGAAUGUUAAAAGCAAAGGAUUUUAAAGAUACAAUGAAAAGAUGUAAACAGAUUUUUGUUCCUAAUAUUUGUAAAAUACAUGUAUUAACAAUCAUUUUCAAGAAUGUUGCAGACUAAUAUAGAUAGCAGAUACAUAAAUUAGAGAUUGACAAUCAUAUUACUGCGCGAAACAGAAACUACGGAUAAUGUAAACAUUUUCAAAUGAUCAAAUGAUAAAGAUGCAACGUUCUGAAUAUUGCAACAGUCAUCUAAACUUUUUGCAUACAUUUGAUGUUUAUAAUGCAUGCAAACUAUCUAUACUUGAGCGAAGCUCAGGGUAGGAUGCUGUUACUUUAAAUAGGGCUUCAGUCAACUGUUCAGUUUCUUGUACAAAAUGUAGCGUAUUUGUGGCAUUUCUCUUGUGAUUUCUUGAUUCUUAUCUCUUGACUAUGGCGGAGGAUUAAAGAUUUGUUUUGAAUUCCGGAAGGUAAAUUUAUCUUAGAAUAGAUAAAUGAUACAUGUGAUUUAGUGUACACAGUACUUGUGACAUAUUUUGGUGGUAUGGUCAAUAUUGAACUGCAUAUUGAACUGCAUGGUACCGAUAUUAAAAAAAUAUUUGUUUGACAUGUUCUCGCAUAGUUUUGAUAAAUAUGUUUGACGUUCUGUAUCUGUUCAAUAUAGUACAAUGAUAAAUAUUAUAAUUUAGACAGUGUCUCAUAAUUCAGGAUUUGCGGGAUAUGCCUUUGUGUGUCAAACUAAACGCGACUCUCGCCUUUUGUUAAGCUAAGGAACUGAUUUAGUGUUACUCUCACUACUAAAAAUAAAUAUACAGUAUACUUCCGAACGAAAUCCCAUAUACAUAUAUUACAUACAAUACUUGAUACAUUAAAUAAUGUAUUGCUUCUGUCAUAAUAAUAUUACGUUUUGUUUAUGAUGAUUAUAUGCAUAAAAAAUCUAAUGACCUGAAAGGGAUGUCCGCCGUCUUAAAAAAAUCUGUAUAUAAACAACACAGAAAAAAUAAACACUGUAAAAUAUCGACCCCUAAUAUUAAUGGUAUCAAAGGAAAUUGAUUCAAAUAUUUUCAUCCGAUUAAACAAUGGGUAAAAAGGUUUUAGCAAUGAGCUUGAUUUCAGCCAUUUAGGUAUCAAAACGCAUACUAGAGAUACAGUUGCAAUGUUUUCUAUAAUCGUUUUACAAAUACAAAAGAAUUAUGUUAAAAAAAGAUAAAAAAUCUAAGUGCCACCUUUUAAUUACUUUUUUAGUUAUGCUAUAGAAGUAAAAUUAGCCAUAAAGCAACGUUUAAAACAUAUAGUUAGAUCCUCAUUUGAUACUCCCUAGAAGACUGAAAUAGCACUGGCCUGAUGUACCAAUUUCCUUACAGCUUGAAGAUAACAUUAUUUUUACUUUCCUUUUAUUGGUUCAUUUAUUUUGUAAUAUCAUAAUUACCACAUUGGUCGAUGUAACUAGCAUAAACACACUUUGACAUUAAAGUU